GGCAGUGACGGCUCGCAUUCAACACACCUUUUCCAUCUGCUAAGAAGGCCCUGCCAGGCUGGGAGGGAGUCGUGCCUGCUCGCCUCUGGAGGCAGAAGCAGCUAGGACGGUCCACAGGCGGCAUGGCACUGCUUCAAGGGACGCUGCUUGUUCUACUUCUGUCCGGUCUUGGCGGCGGGCAAGACAACACAGCUGUUAUAAAUACAGCUACCCCUAGAGUGGCAUCAUCAAAUCCUGCAACACAAAUAUCUGUAUCAACACCAGACACAACACUAGCUCCUAAUCUUGAAAAAUCAACACUUGGAACAUCUCCUCAAGGAACAACCAACAGCGAAUCAGCAAAAACAACUGUGAUGUCAACAGCUCCUUCAUUGACAACAGUUAAAGGUGAAGGAACCACAAGCAAUGGUGUCACAAAGAAUGAGUCUGUCACUGCAAAUGACACAGUGACAAAUCUUCCACCUAUCAGUGCUGUUUCAACGUUACAAAGUUCCCAACACAAGACUGAGAAUCAGAGUUCAAGCAAGACAACAGAAAUAGUUAACACUUCACAACCACAUGGACCAUUUUCUGAAACCAAUACGUUGCCUUCAGCAGCAAUAACAACUCCAGCAAUCAUCUUACAGUCUCAAGGUACCGAGGAUGGAAAAAAUAUGAGCUCUUCAUCAACUAACCCCUCCUAUUCCAGUGUUAUUUUGCCGGUGGUUAUUGCUCUGAUUGUAGUAACACUCUCAGUGUUUGUUCUGGUGGGUUUGUACCGGAUGUGCUGGAAGUCAGACCCAGGCGCACCAGAAAAUGGAAAUGAUCAACCUCAGUCCGAUAAAGAGAGUGUGAAGCUUCUAACAGUUAAGACAAUUUCUCAUGAGUCUGGUGAGCAUUCCGCACAAGGAAAAGCCAAGAACUGACAGCCCGAUGAAUCCUUCCUCCACCUGGGCAAUAAAUAUGCUUAAUCUUCAGCUUCUGUACUCUGGGGUGAAAAGCUAGAAAAUCGUGAGGAAUCAGUCCUGAUCGCCACUCCUGCUCGCCAGUCUGCAUCACUGGCCUGUCCCAAUAGAAGGAUGUCUAGAUGACAUGCAGUAAUUUGAUAGGAUAAAAAAGAAUCCUGGGCCUCUUCUGCCUACAAGGGCAACAAAAGCUUGUACUUCAUUUUCUAGAAACAUUCCGAGGGGAGUGAGUUUUAGGAGGGGUGUUUGUGAGCCAUGAACCUAACAGCCCAGGCAGGUGUUCUCCCUAAGGGCACACCCUUUCCUGGAGUUGAAGGUUUCCAGGGCUGACAGUUCAUACCCAUGGAGACUUUCUGACUUUCUUGGUGUUCUUACAUUACCUAACAUUUGUAUUUAUUAUUUUCUACUAUGUUAAUGCAGGGAUAAUUUGCAGUUGUAUUAGUAAAUAUUAGAUAGAAGUCAUGCAAUGUUACUUUGUACAUACCAUUAUUUUAUUCAUAUUUUCAUGUGUUACUUUCAAUAAAUACUUGCUGUAUUUGACAUACUAAAAAUAUCAUAAUGUGACUGUGAAAAUGCAUGGUAUUGUCUUCCUACAAUUAUGAAUCAUUUGGGAUUAUAAUUAGAAUAUGAGUACUAACUAAUGACGGGCAUCUGUAAAAGGUGAGAAAGGAACUAAGGAUUUAUCUAUUGGACUCUGUUAGGAGGACAGCAAAUUACUAUUUCUUUGGUCAUUCUAUUUGUAAUUCAAACUGUGUAACAAGGAUGCAAGGGCAUUUGUGACACUCUGUACUGCAUUUAUUAAGAAGAUAACAGGAGCAAAAUUUUUCAUUAAUUCAUUUGAUUUAUACUAUCUCUGUGUAUUUUUAUUUCUUUUAGAAAUGUAAUGAUUUGUUCUAGCCAUCAGUACUGAAUGUCCAAUUUGUAGAAAAGUGACACUUCAUAAAUACAUAAUUAUGAUUUUUUUUCAGUCUAUCACUUUCCUAAAUAUACCAUAUGAUUGCAACUGUUGCUUUAUCAGGGGCAAACUCAUCUUUAAAGGCUGACUAUUCAACCUUGACCACUUCCUAGACAUAAGGAAUCAACACCUCAAGUUGGCUGAGGUUUUGCAGAAAGCUUAGGAACCAACUGAGUGCCAGUGGCAGCUUUUAACUUUUAUGAUUAUGUAAGCUGAGUUCAACACUAUAUUAUCUUAGUAAUCUUAGAGCAGAACAGUAGAGAUGGAAUAGUGUAUUUAAAACUGCCUCUUAAAUGGUCUUUUGUUGCAGUAUAUUUGAAAAACUAUCAGCUUCAGGAGUUAUAUAAUCAUCUUGAUUUUAGCUUCCUGAGGUUUAGACUACUUCUAAUCAAGGACACCAAGUAAGAAGAUCUGUGUUUCUGACAGGUGUCUCUUUGUGUUUCGUCAAGAAGAAUGGGGAAUAGAAAAAAAAAAAAAAAACAAAGGAAAAUAAGACAUAAGAUAAAAGGACAAGUGUCUCUACUCCAUGCACUUUCUCUUUAGGGCUGCUUUGUCCAGGCUUAAUUCUGACUUUUUAGAAAUCCUUGAAGGGGUGACAGUGGCAGGAACAUGCUGAACUGAAUAGUGAGCACUGGUCUUCAGGGGACAAUAGCCCAGCACCCCUAGAAUUCUCAACUGAGCUUCUUGACAAAAGUCUGGUUACACAGAAUGUAUGGCAAAGAAACAACUUCUUCUAAACUUUAAAUGUUUGCUACUGAUAUUAUUGUGGAUUCCAGAAAAAAAAUUUUCUCUACCUGUUAUGAGCAUUGUUAGAAAAGAGUGUACAAGAAGCAGGAAAAGAGAAAGCUUUUUAAUGGUCAUAAAGAAUUCAUCCCAGUUCAAGAAUUCUACAAAAAGAACAUGUCUUACACUAACAACCAAAGCAUAAAUCUUUACAAAGGUCUAAGUGUUAGGAGUAAUGUGGAAUUUAUGGAGAUUUUCAUGGUAUUUUGUAGCAUCAAUCUCAAAGGUAAUGUCUGAAUGUUUAUAUACCAGCUUAAACUUCUGUUGAGACAGGAUAUCUGGUUGUCAAGCCAAAAUUAUCAUUAAUCAGAUGUUCUUUAAGAUUUAGCUGACUUACUUUGUAUGUCUGACUUAUUAUAAGCUUUUUUAUUCUGAUAUAUACUUUAAAUGUCAGUGUGACAAAGGAAACCUGAAUUUAGAUUAAAGAUGAGGAUUUCUA